AUGGCUCCCGCCAGGCCGAGCAAAAAUAAUGCUAGCCCUUCAUCUAAUGGAGACACCUCCGCUCCGCUCGCCGACUACUUCUUCAUUUGCGGCAUCGAAUCUUCCCAGGUAUACGACGAAAGGGCUUCCGCUGCACCCCCAGUCGAGCCGGUGGAAACAACCAUUGACGAAGAUCGGGAACUCCAAAUCGAUAGUGCGAGCCAGACACGACCGACGACCCCAGGAUCGCCGAACGAUACCCCCCAGCAGAGACGAUCACGGUACAGUUGGGAGGCCAGAAAGAGUGUGGGCAGCAUCAUCAAUGUCACCGAAGAAAAGCUGCCUGAGAGCAAUCGCAGUAGCACCACGAUUCGAGCAGAGCCGCUUGGAGGUCUAGCACUAGACGACGAUGCCUUCGAAGAGGCGCUUAAGAAGUUUGCCACGGAGCGGGAUAGCUUUCUCGCAGACAUACAUGUGGAAACCGGCACCGUCACCUCACAGACCCAGACACAGGUCAAGCGAACUCGACCGAAAACUGUUCGAGUCACUCAAGAUGAAAACUCGCUUGGCCUCAACGGAGGUGGGCUGAAGAGCGGAGUGGGAAGCUUGCGGAGGCGAUUAUCUACCAUGAACAGUAUGAAGAGGGGUUCGUCAGUCAUGAGUCGGAAUUCUGCGAGACAGUCGAAGCGCUUGAGUGGCUAUAACUCGGUCAUCCCUGCGCCGCAGCCUUUCCAAAUCACGCCCAAUAUGCAUCCCUUGCAACGAAGAUAUGAGCCGGUGCUCAUGGACCGCUACCCCACCAAGACAAUGUUCGACGAAUCCAAGCGAAGGACCGCAUUUCCUGACUACGUGCCGAUGUUCGUCUUCCCAGAUGAUGUGAUGGUAGUCUCUUCAGACGAGCGACCCAGAUCUACAUGGCAUGGCUUCACCAUGACGAACCAGGAUAAUAGCAGGCUUCAUGGUAUCUGUGUUACCAUGUGGGUUCCUUUGAACAACUCGGCCUCCGAGGCAUUAGAGAAUCAAUGUGAAGAAUGGAGGAAGGCAAACAUGAAUCCGGAAGAGCGCGAACUCGCCGCCAGUCUCGGAGAGCGCUUGUCCGGAGAACGGGCCAAACUGAGUAGGCUGCUUGCUGACCUCCCAAGUUUCAUGCAAGGAUCUGAUGAGCGAGAGAGGCUGGAAGAGGAGAUUAGCGCUGUUGAGGAGAAAAUCGGGCUUAUGGCUGACCUACUUCGACCAGUGCGACAUGGCGCGGCCUCAAAGAUCGAUGGCUUGACCGAGGGUGAUACUGGUUUCUGGAUCCCACGCGCUUACGGCAUUCUUGGUCGGGAUGGUGGCCUUACAAGCUUCUGGAAAGAAUGGCUCAAGGCUGUGGUCGUACCAAUGACUAAUGGGGCGAUCCUGAGAGUGCCACCAAGCUCUCCGAAGGUCGGUCUCUGGCAACCUCUGGAGCGAUACGUCUGCAACCUGUGCAUAGAAGCGCUGAGUCCUAUCACUUCCAUCACUCAGGUCGAGGUGUCUAUUCGGGAUCUCAGACUGUAUGCAAGGAAGGAGGCUAUUAACGAGCUUCCAGGAUCGCGCAAUACUGACCUAUAUGCACUAUUUCGGUGUCUGUCGAUACCGAAUAUAAUCACCCUGUUUGAAUAUGCCCUGGCCGAGUCAAGGAUCAUUCUGGUAUCAUCGCAUACUGCCAUGCUACAACUCGCGAGCGCAGCGCUGACCAGCCUCCUCUAUCCCCUCAAAUGGUCUGGCGUCUUGAUACCAGUACUUCCGUACCGUCUCAUCCAGGCACUGGAGGCGCCGUGUCCAUACAUUGCAGGCAUUGAAAGGAAAUACCGAAGCUACGACUUGCCGACGGAUGACUUUUGCAUUGUGGAUCUCGACACCGACUCCAUUGAGAGCACGGAGCCACCGACCAUGCUUCCAAGACCACAAAGACGCAAGCUCCAAGCACUGCUUCAAGUGGCGGCGCCGCACCACCUUCGGUACGGGGUACCAGUAGGACCGCCGCCUUACGCCAUUGAGGCGUUCCCGUACAACGGCUUCUCUUCGGAGAAUGCCCAGGUCUUUGAUGCGCGAGCAGCGCCUGCUACGCUGCCACAGUACGCUGGCGAAAGCUCGACUACUUUUGGCAACACAUCUGGCCUGUCGGCCACUGCAAAAACCACCGUCUUCAACGCCUUCCUUCAGCAACGUCCCGACUCUGGUCGUGGCAGCGAUAGGCCGUCCACAAGCUCAACUGGCACAGGUGCCAACAGCAAUUCGUCUGGAGCUUCACCGCCAUCCCCUACCACGGCACCCUCGCCAGUAUCAGCAAACUUCCCUACUACACCAGCAUCCAGAAAUGAUUCUGGCUUUGCGCUGCAAGCAUCUUUGCGCGAAAAGCGCUCAGGUCACUUGAAAGACGGCAUGGUGAGGCGCAACUCGACUGUACAAACUCUCUUCUAUCUCCGACAUCCGUUGCAUGACAAGACUAACACGCAAGAACAGUUUGGAAUGGACCGCAUGAGCAAUCUGCGAAGACCUAGUGCGCCUUUGGUGACCGGACACCAGCCGAGCAUGUCGACUUCCACUCUUGGAGCUCCAGCGUCCAGUCACGCGCCUAGUGUAUAUGCUCAGAGCACGCUUGCCGCCAGCACGAUCAUGCAGCCUACCACCAUUCAGCCUGUACGCGACAACGAGACGACUAAAUGGGCUGAGGGACACUGCUUGCAUCGACAAAGGCCCGACAAUAAAACAUUCUGCACCAUCUGCGACGAAAAGUGUGACGACGAGCUGUUCAAAUGCGAUGGCUGCGGAAUCUCGGUUCACGGACGAUGCGCGCCAGCUGUCUGUAUCGUUUGCCCUGUCGCGUUCAGAGCAGAUCAGGUCCGCGCUGCAUUCGUGCGCUGCUUCGCGUCUCUCUUCUACACAUAUCGCAAGUAUAUGCACCCUGCCUCUGGCGAACGCAAGAAACAAGGACUCUUCUAUCACUUCAACAUGGGCCAAUUCCUUCGCAGUGUGCCUCAUGGCGACAGCGAAUAUAUGAACAUGCUCCGGCAGACACAAGCUUUUAAUGGGUUCAUUCACGAACGAGAGUCGACACGCUCGACCGACCCUUCCAUUCUACUCUUUGACGAAAUCAUCCUCUCGAAACGAAAUCGGGGGCAUCGCAGCUUCUUCUCACGAUCAGAUACAAGCUUCUUGAGCGACACUUCAGACCAUUUGUGGAGAUCUGCAGCAGCCACACCUCCCACAAGCCGUACACCAGGCGACGCUAGGACAGUCACUGGACGGACACCGGGCAAACUAGACCCAACACUCAUGAAAGAGCCACGAAGCAUUCAAGGCGCACCCAGAAUACAGAACGCUCGGACGAAGCGAAAGCCGGUCUCCUCGAUGCUCGGGCUAAACCCACAAAGCGCGGACUCUUAGAAAGGCAUCCUCGCAAUGCACACAACCACGAUCACAGCGACGAAACAAUCAUCAAAUCACAACAAUCCGAACGACAAGGACUCUCUUGACUAACUGACACAACCACAACGGCGUUAUCUGGUGGGAACACUGUACUCGUAUUUGGCAUUUUCUUUUUGGCAAGGCAUAUGUUAUUUUUGGUGCUAUCAAGUUAUUUCAGCGUUGGCGUUUUCACGGGGUUCAUGAGGAGCAUAAAAGGAGCAAAAAGAGAUUACGGAUGGGGAUUGGGGAGGCUUUUUCUGUCAUGUCAUCGUUGAAGCAUGGAUUCAAUUCCAUCAUGGGCUGGUCAACUGUGGUGUGGAUUAUCUAGAUUCCUCUUUCCUUCUUCCGCGUGUGGGAUAGAGAUCUCUUGGAUUGCAGAAGAUGAAUGCGAAAGAGAUGUGACGAGGCUGUCAUAUUUGGUCCUUGGGGGAGAGAGGGGCCUUUCACCUUCGCAUGGGAUGGGAUGGAUGUAGGUUUAGUGCAUAUUUAUUCAUCUUUGUAUGAAUAGUAGUGUGAGGGGAAGAGGUUGGUUGUC